AUGGUGCUUUACAAAGGGCCACAACUGCUGGACUUUGCAAAGACUCCUCCACACCUUCAGUUCAACAAAUAUGUCCUGACGGGAUACCGGCCAGUGUCCACAGCUCAAGAAUGCCUCAGGAGCCUCUUCUACAUGCACAAUGAGCUGGGAAACAUUUACACCCAUGGCAUACCUUUCUUGGUUUUCUUAGUGCUGUUGCCUUUUAGUAUUCCCUGGAUGGAAGUGGACAGUGUUUGGAUCUGUGUGGUCCACUACCUGGCCUGCCUCUCCCCCACCAUGGGUUCAGUGGUCUACCAUUUAUUCAUGAACCACAUGGGAGGAGAACAUGUGUAUGACACCUUACUCUCUCUGGACAUGUUUGGGGUCUGCUUGGUUAACACCCUGGGGGCACUUCCCAUCAUCCAUGUCACCCUUCUUUGUUACCCCACCAUACAACAGGCUACCUUGCUGGUCUACAUCUUUUUGUCAGCCUAUGGGAUCUACCGUGCCACCACAGCCUACAAUAGCAUCAUGCGCCUUCGAGCUUUUGUCUGGCAAGCUUUGUUCCGCUUCAGCCUAUUCCUCUUCCGGGCCUAUGGCAGUGGAGGUGGCAGCCCGAAUUCCCUGCGUCUCUUUGUCAUCAUGGACUCUCUGGCUGUACUGGGAGGGGUGGUCAAUGUCAUCCAGAUCCCCGAGCGCUUAAUCCCAGGCCUGUUUGACAACUGGGGCAACAGUCACCAGAUUAUGCAUGUCAUGGUUAUUUGCUCAAUUAUCUACCUGCACUGGGCCACAGUGGAGGAUUUAGCCUGGAUUAAGGCCUACCAGUGUCCUAUGUGA